AAUUAAUUGUCAUGACAACACAAACACACAUACACAUAUAUAUAAAACCUGUUACAUGUUAUAUAAGUUAACUGUUAAACGCACACGAAGAUAGAGGCAGGCACACAUACACACACAAUUCAUACACGAUGGUCAAGUCCAAGGAAGAAGGUUCGGCGGUGCUGAUUAGCGUGCAGGAAAUGAAGGAGCGGGAGAAGAAAUAUAUGCAAAAGCUGCAGGAAAUUAAAGUUUGUUGCAACUUUAUCAAGGAAUCCUCAAUCGAAUUCCAUCGGCUGGAGGAGGAGCGCUCCGCUGUCGAGCAUUGGGAAAACUUUUUACGCUGUGACGGCUUGCCACGCCCAUAUUUACCACCCGAAAUGCGCCAGUUUCUGGCAAAGAAGCGUUACUAUCAACAGUUCUUCACGGAACGGAGCGUGGACUGGACCCUGUCCGUAGACGAUCGCACCAUACUCACACAGAACAUAUUCCGCAAAGAUCUAACCAGGCAAACGGUCAAGGAGCAGCUCAACGAUGCUAUAGGCGAUCAAUAUGAGCGGGACAUUACCAUGUUUUUGAAUACGCUCAACAAGAUCGAUCGCAUGCUCGAUACGGCUAUUGAAAUGGAACGUGUGGACUUUGCACGUCAAUUGGAGAUCAUGGAAGCGAGGCGUGAGAUUGAACAUGAGAUUGAUGACUCGUUUGAUCGCCUGACCUAUCGCGUCAUACGCAUGGACGGCGUCUACAUGGACUCUGUGGAUGGCCUGGUAGCUACCUGGAGUCAUAGUUGCCCCCGAUAUGGCAUAGAUAUCUGGGCUCUGCGCGAUGUUCCUGUUCGUUUCGAGGAAUUGCUAGCUCCGCUGAUGGUCGCCGAGAUGGUUGCUACGUCUGUGCGUGUUCAGAUGCCGCUCAGCGUGCUCCACGAUUGCCUCACAUUGCGUUGCAUUCACUCGAACUUCGACAACUAUUCGCAAUAUGCGAAGAGUUACGAUCCACCCAUACCGGAGAGCAAUGUGGAGGUCAAUGCGGGCAUUUUGGAUAUCGAGGAAUGCUUGAUCAACGAAUGGCUGAUGCAGCUGGAUAUACAAAAGGAACUGUUGGCCAUUCUGCUUGAGAAACGCGAGAUCUAUGAGGAGAUAAUGCGCGUCAUCACCGAGCGAACGGAGCGCGCCGCCAAGGAAAAGAAGAACAGUGAUGGCAAAGAGGCAAAGAUCGUCAUACCUAAACCACCCAAGGAAGCGCUUCUGGUGCCGCCAGGCAUGUUGCCCGAGCCGUAUAACACCUUCCUGGAACGCGAACAGCAGCAGUAUUUGGAUCUGCUCGAUGAAAUAUACCAUCCACGACAUCUCAAAAUAGAUGACGAUGUGAUCAAUCUGAGGCAACACAUACUGCUAGGCGGCCUAUAUUCAAUCAAUUUCGUGCGUCGCCCGACGGAUACACAUUACCAGACUUUUAAUGUCACACUGCACGAGGAUGGACGACUACUGCACAUUAAGCGCGAAGUUGUGGCGGAUCUGUUUAACCCAUACCGUGACAGUCGAUUGGGUCCCAGAGCAACCAAAGUGAUGACAAAGCGAUCAAGGAUGUUAAUGGACGAUCAGAAGCGCAAGACCCAUAUGCUUGAGGACGAUGAAUUGCCAUAUUUCUUUGUGACCAUACAGAUGGCACGGGAGUUCUGUCUAUGGGGGACGCCGAUACCCUGUCAGUACCUGGAUACCAUGGAGGAGGUCAAAUCGGAAACAUCAAUAGUUGAGGAAAAAAAGGAAGUGGCCGUGAAGAGAAAGAAAUCUAGGAUCAGUACAAUGCCCCAUCAGCAACAGGCAGCAGCCCAGGUAAUCGAGGAUUCACAAUUGACUCAAAUUCGCCGUGCCGCAAAUUCAACGAUCAACAUAUUUCGACCUACGCUGAUUGCCUUACUGAGAACCAGUCGCAAACUACUGCCUGGGGAGCGUGUGUUGCCGGUCGAAAACUUUCACUUGAUACAAAAAUUGGAUCAUCUGAAAAUCCGACAACUGGAACGAUAUUGUGUGCCACGGAUAAUAUCCUCAUUCAAAUUUCCCAUGGAAGUGAGAGAGGAGCUCGAACAGCAGCAGUCCGAUAAUCGACCAAAGCCGAAAAAUCUGUUGAUCAGGCGACGCAGCGUCGAUACUGAGGAAACUAUCGUUGUUGGCGAUUUGGAUUUCGACUAUAACGUACAGCAUGCGCCUGAAAGGGUCUAUCCCGUUUUCGAAUCUGUGGAGCGAAUGCAUUAUGCUGAGGAUGAUAUUAAUGAGCCGUAUUAUGACAAGAAGUCCAUGUAUGGCCUGGUCGAAACCUUUGAUAAUAUCUCGACCAGAUAUAUUACUAGGCACAUUGAUAUUAUGUCUCAGUCUGAAUUUACGGCCAAAAAGCCACCGAAAAAGGCAUUGCAAAGCUCGGAUUCACGAACUGGCAUAUCGUUCGCUAAAGGCAGGUCAACGGUUCGAAUACAGAGUAAGCACAUGGGCGCUAUACGACCAAGUAACUUAGGCUCCGCAAUUAUGAGCGGCGCACAAUCGAGCCGUACGACAAUGGCUGAGGAAGUGGAGGAAGCCUACUCACCAGAGAACGUGCCCCGAACGCCAGAAGAACCGGAAGUAGAGCAGGAGAAGCCCAAGCAAAGGCUCAUACGCUGGUCAACCAAACACAUCAUGUCCUAUAAAUUUGACAAGGAAGCACGCACCAUGAGCAUCCAAACGGAUCGUUUGGGCAUCUUUGGAUUUGCCUACAAGCGCUACGAGCAUUUCCCUUUCCGUGAUUGGAGCCUGCAACCCAAUGAAGAAAACAAUGAUGAAAUUAUGCUGAGUGUUGAUACUUUUCAUGCACGUGUUAUACUCUACAUUUCGGCUGCAGGAGUUAGGGGCUAUGUUACGGACAUAACCAAGAAUUAUGUGGCACAUCCGGUCAAAUAUUUGGAUAUACAAACUCCUAUUACCGACUUUCGUGAGCUGCGUCGGCGCUUCUAUGAAAAGGGCAUAAAUAUUUUUGCAGAAAACGAUGCGUGCUUCUAUAUAGACAACGGUUACUUUUCGGUUAAGCACAUGGCCACGGAGGAUCACACAUACGAUGCCAUGGCUCUGCACUGCAAGCUGAUGAAGUUCUAUCGCUCAAGCUGGAAUCGUCUGGCAUCGCGACGUAAUUUAUUGAUUGGCAUGAAGAAUGCAAAAGAUCCAACUGAUUACACUGAGGUCACGAUGCGCAUUACACCUGAUAAUGUUACCUUUGUCGAAGUAUCGGAACUUUGUUCCGACGAUCUGGACAUUAUUAAGCUUGACUUUAAGAAUACAUGGCGCAACAUGAGCAACUACACGGAUCUCCAUCAGGCAAUCAAUUCAAUGAAUCCAUCAGCUACCGACGUUAGGAACAAGGAUCCGCUUUUGCUCUUUCAGGUCAAGCGGAUGCUUAACGAAAUUCAUGUAAUGAGUUUUUCAUAGUAUUCGAUUUGUUUUCUACAGAGUUCUCUAUGUUUGUAAACAAGUAAAAAUGUAUUUGGAGAAUUAA